AUAAUGGUAAUAGAUUAGCAUAUUACACAAUAUGGUUCAUGAGUAAAUCAGCUCCAUGCUGCUGUUUUGUAGCUGUUGCGCGUCAGCUGCACCGACAGACAUUCUAAUUAGUGAUCACCACAAAAAAAAACUUUGUGGACCUUGACUGCCAAAAUGAAGUGUGUCAUUGAAAGAAACGGUGUUAAAGUGUUUGGGAAGGCUAUUCAUGCCCUGGCACGCAUAGGAGAUGAAUUAUGGUUGGAUCCUAUGAUGAAAGGGUUGGCAAUGAGGUCAGUGAACUCAGCCCAUUCUGCCUACGCCUGCUUCCUCUUCUCCCCAUUGUUCUUCCAACACUACAGCACAGACACAGGACCAGCCCAGGACUGUGGAACUGUCAAAUGCAAGUUGGUCAUGAAGUCAGUGCUGCUGCUAUUUCGGUGCCUGGCUACCAUUGAGCGUAAUGUGGAUAGCUGUCAAAUAUCCAUCAAUCUCCCAGACAACCGGGUGAUAUUCCAGUUUCACUGCAGACAUGGUAUCACCAAAACACACAACCUGGGUUUCCAGGAGAGUGAAGCUCUGCAGGCAGUGUUUCCUUCUCACCUCUGCCCCAAUGUCCUGAAGGCCCAGCCCAGACUUCUAGGCGACAUGGUGAUGCACUUCCCAGUGUCUCAGGAAGAGAUCACUCUGUCCAUGUCUCCUCUGAGAGUCAAUCUAAAAAGCUACUAUGAAGAUGAAAGGGAUCAAAUGAAGGCCAUGCACACUGAGAUGUCUUUAGAGCCCAGUGAGUUUGACUACUUCCAGGUUGGAGUUGACUCAGACAUAACCUUCUGUCUGAAGGAGCUGAGGGGAUUGCUGUCAUUUGCUGAAUCACAUGGUCUACCAGUAUCUGCCCACUUUGGCGCUGCAGGAAAGCCGGUGGCCUUCAGUGUAGAGGACAUGGUGCUGGAGGCCAGUGUGGUGUUGGCUACACUUGUCAACCCAGAGAGCAGGACCCCCUCCCAAGCUACAGAGGCCCAGGCUCCUGCUGCACUAAGGUGUGGAGGUGUUGCGGAGCCUACGGAGGGCCCAUGUGAGGCAGAUGCCGGUCCCCCCCAGGCCCAGGGGUUUCCCUCUGCAGGCGAGCUGAUAGCAUCCAGCCAGGGAAGCCCAGUGUUCAGUGGAACAGCCCUCAUGAGAGAGUUCACCAGGACAGGAGAAGAUUCUGACAGGCUCAGAACACCACGUUACACACACAGAGGUUGUGGCAUCACAACUCCUCCUUCCUCCAAGGUUCGCUCCCUCCUCUUUGGGGCUGUGUCCUGUGAGCAAGGUGAUGGUUGCACCUCUAUGCUGCCCAGUCUGGUGUGUUCCAGUGAUACAGAAGAUGGGGGAGAGGAGAGGGCCAGUGGUGCACUGUAAGUUACCACAGAACAAUGACCAAGCCAAGAACUGUUUUCAUACCCUGCAAGUUUUUUUUCAGCAGACCAUAGUCUUUUCCCCAUUGUAUAUUAUAAAUGCAUUUAAAUGAGAACAUAAUAUUUUUCAAUUAAUUUGAGUGCUUUAAAUGAAAGUUCAUAAAGCA